UAGGGCCAGUUCUUUCCCAGAACACUUUGUGACUGAGUAGGAAGUGGUGUGCUUUUAAUUAAAGGGAUCGUUCUAUAUCAUGCGCAGAGUAAGCAGCCGGCCGUGCCAGGAUGAGCCUCUGCCUGAGGAGCAAGAGACGGAAGGAGAAAGGCAGCUUCACAACCUGCUGCGGCAACAGCUGGACACCACCGUCAACAUUGAUCAGUGUGUAGCCAAGAAGAGGUGCUUCGCCCCAGCAGCCCUGUACAAGCCCUUUGGAGAUCAAGCUUCCGGAGUAAGGAGUCUGACCCAGUUUCGGUCUCUGCAGGAUGGGGAGGAAGAGCAGGCCAGCCUGCGGGAGCUGGGCCUCAGUGAGGUCGAGAUUGGAUUGUGGCAGAGCAGAGACUCCCAGGGAAAGGUAGAGAAGAGUCGGGGGCUGAGCGUGGAUCCCGGGGCGAAGCGAGACCGGCUGAGAGUCAUCGAGGAGAAGAUCACACAGCACCAGGAGAUCCUGUCCCUUCCACAGAGAUUCGCAGGGAGCCGGGGGCUGAGUCGGAGAGAGAUGGAGAUUGAGAAGGCUAUGUUCCAGGGAGGAGACCGGCACGGCUUCCUCAGGGCACUCUACCACCAGGAUGAAAAAAUCAAGGCUGCACAAGACCAAAAACUAGACACCAUUUACAAAGAUCUACUCAGUGGGGCAGAAAAUAAACCCUCUUCAGAUAUUGAGAAAGAAGGGGAGCACCCUACCAGUGACAACAGCCAGUCAAUCACACCCCUGGAGGUACUGCCUUUGAGCGUUCUCUCGGAGAGUGAUCCAAGCAACCCCAGCCAAUCGGAGACUCGGGGCAAAGGACUGGAUAGUUCCAGAAGCCUCAGUGUAAGCCAGCCAAUCGGCAAACUGUCAAGCAGCAUAACAGAAUCCCCGGUAAAGGUGACGGGGGCAGUGGAGUCAAUCUCGGAGGAGGAGAUCAGAGGGAACAGACAGACUGUAGAGGAGAUACGACAGAUCCCCAGGUUUCAGAACUACCAGCAAGGGGAGCCCUCAAAGGUGCUGUGUUUGAAGAACCUGAGUCUGUGUGCCAAGCUUGCCCACCUCGUCUCGCUCUUCUAUCGAUUCCAGACCCCGGGUGAUCCUCCGCUCCUCUAUCGCCUACUGACAGGGCGCCUCAAGGGCCAGGCCUUCAUAACCUUCCCUGACUGUGAGACGGCCACAAGGGCUCUGGACCUGGUGAAUGGGUACUGUCUGAUGGGGAAGCCGAUUGUCAUUGAGUUUGGAAGAGGCCGAACAGAACAGCAGUGAUGUUCCUCUCUCUUUCUGAGACUCGCGCCAGCCCUGUGUACUGGCUCACAGUCCACUGAGAGAAGAGACACAGAUCCCUGGCUCUUUGUGGAUAGAAGAUGUCCCUCUCUUGGUCAGAAAUAAGCAGAAAGAAUCCUAGUUUCCCACACAGUGUUUCUGUGCUGUUAUGGGUUAGAUUAACAAAGAGGCCUCAUCUGCUUUCUCCAUGGCUGAAACCUCUUUCAUAUUUGUAGCUGCCUUCAACCUGGCCAGACAACUUAGUUCAAAACUGAAUUUUGCCAGGCAACUUUCUGUAUGAGCCAGAGGGACUGCAAACAACAUAUACUGUCUGUUGUGCUCUUUGACUCCUGUAUGAAAUCACUUCCUGAGUUGCCAGUUAGACCCAUUUGAUAGAGUCUCCUACCUGACUCAGUUUGAAAUGGUGCAUUUAAGAGUGCAAGUAAAAACAUGCAUAGGAAGUAAUACUUCUGAACCCUCCCUCCUAGACACAGCCUCUGCUGCGAUUGGAUAUUACAGUUAGAUUAACAACUCGGCCAUCAGCAUAAGGGGGACCUCUUUAGUACUGAGCUCCAUGCUCCGAACAGUGUAACUAUCUUGGAAAUGGAAAUGAUCUAAACUUCUGAGUUUUGGAAAGUCACUAGGAUGUGAUGACUGAAACGGAAAAUAAUAUACAAAGUGAAUCUAAACAAGAACACAAUAGUUAAGAUAUUUCAUACCAUUACCAAAGUGAAUCCAUUCUGGGUAUAUUUUUUAUUUACUGUAUAUUUAUAAUUGUAUAUAUGUUUUACUGUAAACUAUGUAGGUAGCUGUUGUGUUGUUUUUAUUUCUUUCUAAUAUGUACAUAACUGGUUUCUUUAUUAAACAACCUAAACAGAAUAAAGUGCAUUUCAAGUCAUAAUCUUAUUGUAUCCUGGCAGAGGUUUCACCUAAUAGCAGAACUAUAUUCUGGUGGUUGAGGGCAAAACUGCUCCCUUAUAUCACCUUAUCUUUAUGAUAAAGAUUGUUGUGUUCUUUUCCUGUUUUGUCUCAGAGAAAAAUGGGUGCAUUCAGUAACAGAUCAACUCAGAUCACCUAUGAACUCUGCCCUAUAGUGCUCUAAAAAAUCAUAUAAUUACCUGCGUAAAGUUAUUUAGUACCUAGUGUUACAAGUAAGCCAUAUUCUCAAACAGAGAAAUCCAUACUUAGAUAUAUCUGAGAGUGGCCAGAGAGCAUCCUUUAAAUUGAUUAUAGCUAACAAAAUAGUUUCAUAAUCCUUGCCAGUUCUGCACUUGCAUUCAUUUUAUGUACAGUAUAUGUCUGGAAUGUGCUGUUUUUAAAUAAACGUGUGGUACUACAAUAUGCUAAAGAA